AUAUUGUAGAGAAGUAGUUACUCAAAAUUGUUAGGCAUUAUUAUAUACAGGAGAUCUUCAUUCGAAAACCGAAGAGAGCUUUUACUCAUGAGGAGGCCAAAGUGUAGCAGCUGUGUGUGUGUUCUUUCUUCUUUCAGGUAUUUUUAAAUUUGUUUUCGCAGUUGACAAGCAACCGAGAAACAUUUCUAAAGAAGGUAAGCUCGAAACCAUCGUUCUAUUUCGAAUGAAAAUCGCUUUGUGUAUAUUCUUUCUACUUUUGAUGGUAGACAGAUUCUUUGCUGAAGAUUUCUUGUUCUUAGUUUUUUCGUUUUGUUUUUUUGUGAAAUUGUAACCGUUGAACACAGCUAAGAAGCAAUACAAAUGUGAUUUAAGACUAGUAAAAGGAGGGUUUUGUGGAUACACUAAAAGAUAAAACUUUUAUGUUCUUACCUAUUUUGUUGGCUCAAGUUUUGAGUCAUAAGUGCCUCAUUCUAUAAGGGUUACCUUAAUAAUAAUCCCUUAAUAAUUCGUCUUGUCUUAAUCGGGCGUCUCGUAUACUUAGAAACAUUGUUAUUGGACACCUGCAUCACUACUAUGAAGUGGUGGUUUGUGAAUAGUUAGCGAUUUUUUAAAUUUGAUUACACUAAUAGCAGUAUAAUACUUAGUAGUGAUAUCUAAAUUAGACACCAAAAGACUUGAUUUUUAUUUUAUGGUUAACAUUUUUUUUAUUUAUUAUGGUGAUUGUAGUAAGUAUAAUAUGACUUUAUGACAUAAGAGUUUUUAUUUCUCUUUUUAUAAAUUUAGUAUUUUAUAAAAUAAGCAAGAGACAAAAUAAGAGGCUCAAACUCAAUCAAUAACUCAAUAAAGUCCAACCACAAGCUUCUCUUCUCACACUCACUCACUCCAAAUCUAUUAUCCAAAAGCUAUAGCUUUUUUGUGUGGCUCUAACUAUUUUUUUCCAUUUUGUCUUCUAAUAUCAAUAAUGUUAACAAAUUUCCUAUCUCUACACCAACCUUUUAAUCCCCAAAACAAAAUAUUGUUCCACUUCUACUUUUCUUCCAUCUUUCUCACUUUAAGCUCAUAACACCAUGAAUGACACAGUAGAUAAAUUGGUCAUAUUUCUAGCCAAGAGAGAUGGAAUCGACAAACUUGUCAAGACCUUUCAAUAUGUCUCCAAACUGGUCCACUGGCAUGCCGAGUCCACUCACCCGAACAUGGCUCAAAGGUUCAAGCAAUGGGAAGUAGCAUCAGGGCUAAGUCGAAAAGCCUUUCGAACAGGUCGGUUCUUAACUGGUUUCAAUACCCUAAGGCGCAACCCAGGUGCCACCCCGUCUUUCAAAUUCCUCGGUGUUUUGGCUAACGCGGGAGAAAUGGUCUACUUCUUCUUCGACCACUUUCUUUGGCUCUCCAGAAUCGGGACCUUGGACCCGAAACUUGCUACCAAGAUGAGCUACAUAUCGGCUUUCGGUGAGUCUUUCGGGUACAUUUUUUUCGUGGUAAUGGACUUGAUAAUGCUAAAAAAGGGAGUAGAGAAAGAGAGAAAGCUUUUGAAGGAAAAAGGGAGUGAUGAUGAUGAAGUGAGUGAGAGUAUAAAGAAGAUUAAAGUUGAUAGAGUAAUGAGGUUGAUGAGUGUGGCUGCUAAUGUUGCUGAUUUGUUCAUUGCUUUGGCUGAAAUUGAGCCUAAUCCAUUUUGUAAUCAUGUCCUCACACUUGGGCUUAGUGGGCUGGUCUCUGCUUGGGCUGGUUGGUAUAGAAAUUGGCCCACAUAAUCAUAAAAGAAUAAAUAAACUAUGUGAAUAUAGCCAUAUUUUAUUAUAUUUAAAGAUUUACAAUAUUAAUUAAGUUAAUGUUUCAACUUAUUAUA